GGUGUGUUUGCCAAUCUUUUUUUUGCGAUUUAUUCGAAAGAUAUUUUUAAAAUUAUUGUCCCGUUCUUGUCGACGGUUACAAGAAGGUGGUGCCCUCUAAUAUCCUCGGCGGCGGGGGAAACCGGGGACCGCAACGGUCGGGAAUGCCGAUGAUGCGCGCUCAGGCGCUCACGGGUUCAGUGCUGGUGCUCGAUGCGAGGCGAGUGCGCGCGACGGUGCAGCACGAGUGCUCGCGCUCGUACGGGCCUGUUUUCGUUGAUCAUCGAAGAGCGUUCUGGCCACCGUCGUGCACAAUCGUGAUCCGGGGGUUGAUUUUGCAUCGCGGUGAAAGAACAAGAUACGUGUGUUUCGACAUUCCGCAAGUUCGCGGGUAUCUGAUAAAGAUUUGAAAAAGGAGUAUCUUUAUUUGUGAUCCGCAAAAGAGAGAAGAGGGUAUCUUUAUUUGUGAGGCCGCGGGACGACAGGCCGAUCUACACGGGGGAGGUGACGAGGGCUCGCGGAAACACGGGUGAACGGUGCGGCGUUCCAGGGUGGCAGCAGCGGGGUGGCUCGCGGUGGUGGCCAGCCCGCGGAUAAAGGGCGAGGGAAAUGGGCCGCUCCGCGUUUGAUACGUGAUACGAGGUGCGUGAGCGCGCGCGCGCGCGCGCUCUUUCUCCCCCUUCUGUGGAGCAGCCCCGCGCGUGUGUAUGUGGCGUGCGUGCGUGUGUCGUCGUCGGCCUCCUCGUCCUCCCCGUUGUCGUCGUCGUCGCCGUCGUGUCGAGUCGCGAGUUUGUGUGCUGCCUGAAUACGCGUGUGCGUUGCGUGAAUGAAAAAGGAAGAAGGGAGAGGGCCGCUCGUUACCCCAAGAUUACCGAAGCGAGCGUCGUCGUGGUGGCGUCGUUGCCGUUGCCGUCGUCGUCGCCUUCGUCGUCGUCGCCGCCGCCGCCGCCACCACCACCACCACCGCCGAUGCCCAGACGCACGACUCGACGUUGACGUCGAGAGCAAAAGGGUAGGCUGAUUUUCGUAAAAAAAUGCGAUCCGAUAUAACGACGAUGAGGGGUGGUGUCGUCGCGGCGACGACGGUAACGGCGGCGACGACGAUGUCGUUGACAACAUCAUUAUGGACAACAUCAUCAAUAGUAUCCUCGACCACAUUGUCUCCGAUGUCAACGUCGACGUCGGCAAUGAUAACGGUGAAUGCUGCCGCUCCGUUCCGCCUGCUCGCGACAACGCUGUUGCUGUUAUUGCUGAUGUCGAUGCACCCUGAUCCGGCCGCGGCCGCCUGUCGGUGGACCAACGAGGCAGGCAAUGACACCCGCUCAGCGGACUGCGCCCUUCGUGUGUUAGAUCCUACGGCAAUCGUCACCCUGGCGCCGUCCCUCGAUGGCGCACUCAAGCUACGAAUCCGCUGCAGCGACGUGCAUCACUUCGAGAGCAGCUUGAAUGCUCAGAGUUGGCAACGGCUGGCCGGCCUGCAUGAGUUGCACGUGCACGGUUGCAAGGUGUUACGUAUCCCGGAGGAUGCGUUUCUACCAUUGCCGGAUCUCAAGCGACUCGUUGUACAGACGUUCAAUGCCGCUUGGGGUGCCGCCAGAUAUCUGGAAUUCGCGCCGAGCUCGCUCCGGGGCCUCCGUGAACUUCACACUCUGGAGAUCGUCGAGAGCAACGUGUUGGCGUUACCACCUAAGCUGCUCUGUGAACUGGACAACCUACAAACUCUCAAUCUCACCGGCAAUCGUAUCCGUGACGUCGAUGACAUCGGCCUAACGGUGCACGCCGAUGUCAGCGGCUCUUGUCGCGCCGACAUCCGGAUCCUGGAUUUAUCACGUAACGAAUUACGACGAUUGCUCGACGACGGACCGUUGGUGGGCUUGCGACAGCUGCAAGAACUACAUUUACAACGGAAUGUGAUUACCGAGAUCGGGAAGAACGCUUUACAGGGACUUACCAUGUUGCGUACGUUUAACGCCAGUCACAAUGCUUUGGACUCGUUGCCCGAGGACUUGUUCAAAACCACGCGUGACCUACGGGAGAUACACCUGGCGUACAAUGGCCUACGCGAUCUGCCGCGGGGCGUAUUCACCCAGCUGGAGCAGUUGCUGGUGUUGAAUCUCGCCAACAAUCGCCUUGGUAGCGAUCGCGUCGACGAGACCACUUUUCUCGGUCUGAUCCGCCUGAUCGUGCUCGACCUCUCGUACAAUCAAUUGACACAUAUCGAUGCCCGCAUGUUCAAGGACCUAUUCUUUCUGCAGAUUCUCGAUUUACGCAACAAUUCGAUUGAUCGUAUUGAGAGCAAUGCCUUCUUGCCGCUCUACAAUCUCCAUACGCUCGAGCUCUCCGAUAAUAAGCUCCACACUAUAGGAGCUCAGCUCUUUAAUGGUCUAUUUGUGUUAAAUCGCCUGACAAUGUCCGGGAACUCGAUUUCGAGUAUCGACACAAUGGCGUUUCGCAACUGUUCUGAUCUUAAGGAACUGGAUCUUAGCGGCAAUGAGCUCACCGCCGUGCCGGAUGCUCUACGCGACCUCGCCUUCCUCAAGACCCUCGACCUGGGUGAGAACCGGAUCAACGAGUUUCACAACGGUUCCUUCCGUAAUCUUCAUCAACUCACCGGUCUACGUCUAAUUGGUAACGACGUCGGCAAUUUGACACACGGUAUGCUUUGGGACUUACCAAAUCUGCAAAUUCUCAAUCUAGCCCGGAACAAAGUGCAACAUGUGGAAAGGCAUGCAUUUGAACGUAAUGUCAAAUUGGAAGCCAUUCGUCUGGAUGGCAACUUUCUGUCAGACAUCAACGGUGUAUUCACCAGCAUUACAAGUCUACUGCUGCUGAAUUUAUCAGAAAAUCACAUAGAAUGGUUUGAUUUUGCUUUUAUACCUGUUAAUCUCAAAUGGCUCGACAUUCACGGCAACUUUAUCGAAAGUCUCGGCAACUAUUACAAAAUUCGUGAUUCUAAAGUGAAGACUUUGGACGCUAGUCACAAUCGCAUCACUGAGCUUUCACCGUUGUCUGUGCCGGAUAGUGUGGAGCUGUUGUUCAUCAACAACAAUUAUAUUAACAUUGUGCGACCGAAUACGUUCGCCGAUAAAGUAAAUCUCACCCGUGUUGAUAUGUACGCGAACAUGAUCGAGACGAUGGAGUUGACAUCGCUGUUGCUAACCAAGGUACCGGAGAACAAACCACUGCCGGAAUUCUACAUCGGUGGCAAUCCCUUUAAUUGCAACUGCUCAAUGGAUUGGCUACCGACCAUCAAUAAUCGAACUUUAUCGAGGGAAUAUCCGCGCGUCAUGGAUCUUGACAAUGCCAUGUGCCGUACUUCCGGACCUCGGGGAAUCGCCAUCGUCCCGGCUUCGACCGCACGCUCGGAACAGUUCCUCUGCCGUUACGAAGCGCAUUGUUUUGCUCUCUGCCACUGCUGUGAUUUUGACGCCUGCGAUUGCGAGAUGACCUGUCCGGCCGGUUGCAAAUGUUAUAACGACGGCACAUGGAACACAAAUGCGGUCGAUUGCUCGAGUCUCGGGGUCGAGGAAAUUCCACGUAGGAUACCAAUGGACGCCACUGAAGUCUACCUAGAUGGCAACGUGUUGCGAGAGUUGCAGAAUCAUGUGUUCAUCGGUCGUAAGAACAUGCGUGUAUUAUACGUAAACGCCAGUGGAAUCGAGUCCAUCCAGAAUCGCACCUUCAACGGCCUCAACAAUCUACAGAUCCUACAUCUUGAAGAUAAUCGAAUUCGUGAGCUCAAAGGCUUCGAAUUCGAGCGAUUGUCGCACUUGCGCGAGCUCUAUCUGCACAACAACAUGAUCGGCUUUAUCGGUAACUUAACAUUCUUGCCACUGCGAUCGCUCGAGAUCCUCAGGUUGCACGGUAAUCGGUUAGUAACCUUUCCAGUAUGGCAAGUCACUUUGAACGCUCGAUUGGUUGAGCUAUCGCUCGGCGGCAAUCCAUGGUCGUGUCGCUGCAAGUUCUUACAAGAACUAUCUUCUUGGGUAUCAGACAAUGCGCAUAAAGUUAUUGAUGCUGGUGACGUAUGGUGUUACUAUGGUGGCGAUUCUAGACCAUCUUAUCGACGUCGUCUGAACGUCAAUGAGACCGCCUGUUCGGAUUAUUUCGCUCAAGGCGGUGUUAUUGAGAGUAUAAUGGUAUCAGACUAUUUGCCAUUGGUGGCUGCCACUCUCUCGGCCAUCAUUGUUCUCCUGGUGAUCAUAGUACUCGCUUUCGUAUUUCGCGAGCCGGUCGGCGCCUGGGCCUACUCUAAGUAUGGAUUGCGAUUCUUGCGUACGAAACCGGGAAAAGCUUCAGCAACAGCGAGUAUGGGUCCUGUGGCCGCGAUGGCCGCAGGCUGCUGUGACGCCGAUCGCGAUCGCCUUUACGAUUGUUACGUGUGUUAUAGUCCGAACGACGAAGAUUUUGUUUUGCAUUCGUUAGCGGUCGAACUGGAACACGGUGCGGCCGGUCUGAGACUCUGCCUUCAUCACCGGGAUUUGCCUUGUGUAUUGCGCGCCUCCGCGCCCGCACCGGCCGUCCUCGAGGCGGUGGACGCGUCUCGACGCGUGCUAAUUGUGCUUACUCGUGAUUUCCUUCAGACUGAGUGGUCGCGUUUCGAGUUCCGCGCCGCGUUACACGAAGCAUUGCGCGGUCGUGCCUCCCAGCUGAUUGUCAUCCAAGCCGGCCACGUUGGCGCCGAGGUCGAACGUGAUCCCGAGCUGCGGCCUUAUCUAAGAACGGCGGCGCUCAUACUCACAUGGGGCGAAAAGAGGUUCUGGGAUCGGUUAAGGUACGCCAUACCGUCGUCCACGACGACCGCAAUCAUUGCCACUAGCACCACUACUACCACUGCCGUCGGCGACGUAUCCGUCGAGAGCAAAUCCUCGCCGUUGGUUUAUAAGCGCAAUAUCAACACCUAUACGUUGGAUGGCGGUGUUGGUGGUGUCGGUAAUCUCGAGAAAACCGGGAUGUCGACACUGCGUGGCGGUCAUCGCGCCGCGCUCUUCAAGGACGCCUCAUCGGCGUUGAUGCUGCAACAUGCACCGCCCGCCUACUCGUGCGGCGGUGCGCCGCUUUCUCCAAUGCUGUCGCAGCAACAACAACAACAACAGCCACAGCCACUGCCGCCGUCGUCGUCGCCAGCGCAGCCCAGGUUAACCGUCAAUCACGCCUACCGGGACACGAUACCAGCCAGUAAUCUCGUCACGACCACCGUCGCCACCACCAACACCGCCAACUGCGGCAUUGGCGAGGACCACAGAAGACCGCUGUCCGAGCACAUCUAUUCGUCCAUUGACUCGGACUACUCCACCCUCGAGAGAACUGCCUGGAGACAGCAACAACCGCCGCCACCGCCGCCUCCACCCACCUCUGGACAGGCCUACCUGGUUUAGCUCCCUACGACCGACCCCGGUAUCCUCGCGUAUUUAUGGGACCGCGGUACCGUCAAUCUGACUGCGAUAGCAAUGGCGGUAGUAGCUCAUUCCUAAAUGGUUGUGUUGGGUCUCGUGUUCGUCCACGUGAUGCACGAUCAGCGACUUCGAUAGACUGUGUAAUUCUUCAAGACGUGCGCGUGCCGAGCCACAGACCCUCGCGAGAUACGUGUAUAUAGUUCAGAAACGUCGUCGCGAAGAAUGAGGGACGAAGUGUUCGCAUAUCAUAAUUCUCUUUGGAGAUUUUGGAGAUGUUUAUUGCGAUAAUCAUUGCAUCGAUUCUUUUUUUUUUGCUCAAUGAAAAUUUUGGUUUUUUUUCUGUCACUGUAACGUAAUCGACGUUUCUUUUCUUUCUUGUUUUUUUUAUCAUUUUUUCUGGUUUUUUUUUUUUGUUAUUUCUAUCCCCGUCUUCCUUCGCUCUGUAUGCUUGAUGUAAUAAGUAUUUCGGCCUACCCUCUUGUCGCGAGGGUUGUGCGUGUGCACAUCCUUGAUAUAAUUACCAAUUUCUGAAUAGCGUCUAGUGAGAAUACGUUUUGUUCGGGUAUACAGGGUGUCCCGGAUUUUGUUUAUGUAUAGAUGUAAUUUUUUUUCGACAAAACAUCAACAGAACUUUGUGAUAAUACGUUUAGUCACAUUUUCGCGAUUACUAUUUGCAAUUUAUAAAGGCAAAUUUAGCUUCGAAACGUAAGAUAAGGAAAAAUUUAUUUCUCCAUUUGACUUCACGAUCCUCUUACGUUAUUUUAUUCUUUAUUCAAGGAGACUUCUUUUGGGCGAGCUUUAUUUAGGAUCGAAUAUCAAAAAUAGUUUAUAAUCUCCUUAAAUACUGUCGAUUCGAAAUUUAUACGAGAAUCAACAAUUAUUAAAGCCAAAGGCUCCGAGACUCUCUGUGCAUCUCUGUGAAUCUCGUUUACCUCACUCGAUGACUUUCAGUAAGCGCGCCCAAAGAUCUCAUCAAAGUUCUCGCGAUCGCGCGGAUCGUCAAGCCGUCCCUUUUGCGGCGGCGAUUUCACCUUCGUGUAAAUAUUUCUUAUCGAAUCAAUUCAUGUAAAUAACGCUCUCUACGCAGUAUGCGUUCGUGUACGUAUGUACAUUGUAUAUAUGACACGCGUUGCAUUUCGACUCGUCGCGUAAUAGGAUCAUGAUGCUAGCUUCGACUCUGAAACUCUCGACUAGGUAGAUGAUUUUUUGUAAUUUUAUAUGUCCGCGGAAGAGAAAGAACACAAGAAAGAGUAAGCGUGAAUGAGUGAGAAAGAGAGAAGGACGGGGAGAGAUAAUUGUACGAUAUGUAAAUAUGUAUAUUGAGUAUACAUACACUCUUUAUCGCCGCGCCUCGUGUAAGAUACAGUUUGCCGCGUAAAAGAGAAGGUAAGAAUCGAAGAGUGAGAGAAACAAAAGCGUGAGGCAUGCACUCGCGCGAUCCGGCGAGGAGCAAGCUACGCGAGCGUCUGCGUAUAUGACGUGAGACUUAACUGUAUACUCUUGAUUUAUUUAAAUCAUGUGAAUAAAUUUAUAAAAUAUGUUACUACUCAUCUUCGCAAUAUACGCCUUGAUAUCUUGAUUCUAGCAGUGAUUAUCGUCGAGCCCAUUUUGGAGAAUCCGUAAUUCAUUGCGGAAUUUAUUUGAAAAUUGCCAUUUAACGUGUUGUAACAUAGAAAUUAUACGCAAUGUCAAAAUACUUGUAUACAUUUUACAAAGAGGAUAUUCUAUAAACGGAGAACGCGCGUAAGAUACGGUAGAUAUAUAAAUUUAUAAUCGAUUUUUCUCAAACGUUAAUAUCGCUUGAAAAUUUUUCAUUAAUAAUGCGGCAACGUUAAAUUAUUAUGUACGGAACGAAAAGAUGGCAUGCUUGAAAAGGAGAAAAUAACGUGACAAAACGGCCUAAUUGCGCAUGCGUCAGUACGUAAUCGUAAUGUUAGAUCGGGGCAACGUAACACUUUUUCCUUUUCCCGUUCACGAUGUAUUUACAACUCGGCAUAUGAGAUUAGACUCUUCCGUCCCGAAUUAUAGAAUUCCCGAGAUGGGCUUCCCUUGAGAGCUGCAUGCCGAAAUUAUAUAAGUACAGUUCCAUAAGCAGCGAGCUUAACGCGAGAACACGAGGAGCACGUGUUCUCUUGAAUAUGGGGAAGGGAAAUCUCUUUCUUUCUUUUGGUGGCGCAAGUUGGAGGAGUCGUUUUUUUUUCCCCCCUGCGAACCAAGUUGCGGCGAAAUUCGGAUCGAUCGAGAAAAAGAGAGACAGAGAAAGGAAACUUAUUUCCAUAUGGUAAUUUCGCGCUACGAUUGGUUAAAAUAUUCGCGCAAAUGCAUUAUCCGAACGUGUGGGGGGAGGGGGAGGGGGAGGGAACAGGAGAGCGGGGUGCAACCGUGUUGUUUCCCACACAGCCUCGAUUUUCUCUCUCUCUCUCUCUCUCCCUCUGUUGUUACCUAUAUAUCGCGGCGCGCGGCCGUGUGCUGGCUAUAUAGACCGCGAACGGAACAUUGAUCCUAGUCAGCGGCGCCGCGCACUCACUGCACACCAUCUGCACACUUACAUUAUUAAUGCGCCUACGACCGCCACCGCACCGCGGCCCGCACCCGCGCGGAGACGACGUAUGUUUCUGUUGUUUGCGAAAUCUUUCUGCGACCAAGUGUAAACACCAGGAAUAUCGCGCGCGCACGGUGUUUAAGCGCCGUGCGGCGAUUCGCGAUUCCGCGGUACUGAAUCUCGCUGAAUUUUAAGCAGGACGUCUUUUUUUUUAUCCACAGUUUUCUUUCUCCUCUCUACGAAUCGCGAAACGAAGUUAUCGCGGGGUCGACGUUCUCCAGACGAAACUCUCUUGGCCACGAUAGAGAGCUUAACGUCGAGAAUUCGAAGACCCGGAAUGAGUAAUAUCGCGAAUUAAACUUGACACGUUUCAUUUUUCAACUAAUUUUAUAAGUUGAGUUCACUUCAAUUGUCUUUCGACUUCGCGUCUGCUCUUGGAAGUUUCUUCGGACAUUGGUAAUUAUUAGUGCUCGAAAUCAUCAGAUGAUCGAAUAGUUUGGACAGUUCAGAUUUUAAGAUAGAACGUUAAAUAAUUCAAAACUUUUCGAACUAAAGUUAUGUUCGAACUGUUUGAACUUCAGAUCCAAAAGUUCGAAAUUAUUAUAAUUCAAACUUAAAUUUUUUAGCAUAUUAACGUAAAAAACCGUGAAAAACUGCUCUUUUGCUUCCAACGCAUACUAUGAUUCCAAGCUUUUUUUACUGUCCGAAUUUCAGAUAUAGCGUAUUGACCUCAUAGACCAAUCACUGCUUAAGUUCAAACUGAUCGAAUUGUCUAAAAUAUUUGAAUUUUUUUUACUCUCAAACAUACAAAUCUUUUAUCUGAGCCCUAGUAAUUAUCAAUAAAUAAAAAAGAUAAAUUUUCUUUUAUAAUUUGAUAUAUAAAUUACUUAAAUAACUGACAAGUUAUUUUAGUAACUGACAAAUAUGACAAAAAUGAUUUAUAAAUCGCGAAUGAAUAUUAGAUUGACCCGAUAACUAAAAAUGCUACAUUUAUUUAUUCCAUAUGUAUACAUUGAUCGUUGGUUACUCUCCGAAGAUAGAAUAACAUUACUUUCUCGGAAAAAGAUCCGUCGCUGAAAGAAAAUACACCGAAGGCACGGCACAUAUAUUCUUCGUGCGUGAAUAGCAUGUUUCGUCCACACGGGCAUAAUUGUUGUUGAGGCUUACGCCUGACUUAAAUAUAAAUCGCAAUUGUCGCGGAGUGGCGAGUUGCGCCACGCAGGACGGCGCACGAGGUUGAAAAACGCGUGUAUGAUACUUAAAAGAAAUAUGGUUUCCUCUCCGCGGGUCUCUCUCUCUCCGUAUUCUAGCGCAAGUGGCCGCGCUCGGAACCAGUUUGCCCGCCUUGCUAUGGAAUGUAAGGACGGCUGUAAUUAUUUGCAGCGCGUAGAGCCGCUGGCCGCCGCGAUCGGAUCUAGGCGUGUAGGAUCGCCGCUAUGAUCCCGCGAUCUCCUUGCGGUAUAUCUCGAGGGCCGCCGUCCCGAUUUCCAUCCGCCGUCAUCUCCCGCGAUAGGCCCCCAUUGUAUCCGACACCGCCCGCUCUCGGGCCCCCUCUUCCAUCCUUUUCCGUUAUCGGAUCCGCGUCGUGGAACAGAAAUCCACAUAAUUCGCGCAUAGUUCGCAAGCACCUCGCGCCAACACUUUGCGACUAAGUUAAAAUUAUUCCCAGUCCCGGAAUUUAUCUCUCAGAGACCCUUCCUGCCUGCUGUGUUUUAAUUACUCGCACGAUGCGUUCUGUACAUCAAAAUACGUACGAAAUAGGUACGAUUGUGAAUUAUUGAUAACGUAUUUAUUCCCCGUCAGUUUGCGUGAUAUUCUAAAAAAAUGCAUACCAAUAUUCAUCGUAUAAUCAUAGAGAGAGAGAGAGAGAGAGAGAGAGAGAGAGAGAGAGAGACUUUCGUUGAAUAAUAAAAACAUGUUUACAAACGAUUGUUAAGGAAGAGAGGAUCUCAGAAAAUUUUUAUAUAAUUCAUAUAUAUUUCUUAUCUCAUCAAAAUUGUAUUCUCGAGAUACUACCAUAUGUUACCCACGUUUCAAAAAAAGAUCGAUAUCGUAUAAGAUACGAAAUUUUCCUCGAAAGACUUUCUCGAGGCUUUCCUGAUAUUUACCUCACGAACGAUAACAUGGUGUGGUUUCGGCUUAACGCGAGAGAAAGAGAACCCGCGAUAAUACGCUUGAGCGUCCUCGAGAUUCGCGAGAGUACCUUUCACUGGGCAUUCGAGAAAGGGUGGGUGCCACGCGUCGGCGUCAAGUUCGUUAUUUGGGUCGUUCUUGCGAAAUACUAUUUAGAGUUCGCCGCGCGGCGCUCGUCGGCCUUGAUGAACGACGAUCUCAGUGGCGUAAUCGGCGACAGGUCUCGUUGAUUCGACAAGAUGCCACCUGCCUUUCGAUGAAGAGGCCUGAAUCCAUUUAACUGAAUGAACUUGACUGACUUGAGUAUCCUCUUCUCCCCACUCGAAAUCUGCAUUCGUGUUUCUGGCGGGGUUUAAACUAGUUUAUACUCUUUAUAUAUACAUGCACGAACGAAAUAAUUACAAAAGAAAUCACAGCUGAAAGGUUUUUAUUUAUGAUAAUGCUUAAUGCGUACGCGCGGAUACCAAGGGAAACCUCUUAACGCUAAUAUAACGAAAUAUCACGCGAUAAUGUCCCGUAUACGAGCUUCAUAGUUAACAGUGGUUUACGUUCGCGACAGUUAUACGUAUUACACAGGAUGUCGUGGGUGGGAAGACAGUUAACGCCGCGAGUACACGAACGUGGUGGUAGGCAAAGCAUGAGUCGUGCAACAACGCUGGUCGCUCACCUCUCCUAUCACCGUCUCGCCGAAGGAGGUAACGAGAAACCAUCCGUUUACCCUAUUCGAACGGCUAAUCGAAAUGGCUAAGCAAGUGUCUCGACGUGUAAACCUCUCGGCCGUGUAAACUAGGGCGUGUGGUCCGCGCAUUCGAUAACGGCUCGAGAUAGUCGAAUUCAUUUUCGAUUCGCUCACCGGCUACACACACACCUCUGCCGCCACCUCGAUCGCUCCACCGGGCACGAUCCACGAGAGAUCUGGUCCCGAUUCUCUCAAGGUGCGCUGCGUCGCGCCGGUUAAAGUGGUUUUUACGAGCACGCUUUGGCUCAAAACCGGCCAAAGCAAAAGGGCGAAAAAAGAAAGGGCACGAAAAGGGGCAGGGUAAAAAACUUUGCGUACCUACCUAUCUAUCUACCUACCUACCUACCUACCUAUCUACCUACCUACCUAUCUACCUAUCCUACCAACGAAGAAGCACGUGCGCGCGCGCGUUAAAAUCCUCGUCCGUUCUUAACACGCUCGAAUAAACAACGAGGGCCGGCGACGCCGGGCCUCCGCUCGCUCGUUCGCUCGUUCGCUCGCUCGCUCGCUCGCCAACUCGCUUGCGUGUAACGCGCCGCAGUCUCUCACAUACAAGCAAAUCUACAUGUACACGCUGUAUAUACGUGUAGAUACACGGACACCGUUUUCCCGUGGCGAGGCGAAGUCGAGCGAGAUAUCGUUGGCGGGUUUUGUGACUUGCGUGACGACUGCCAUGUUUGCAGAGAGAGAACUUUAACGCGCGACUCGUUGCCCCGCGUGCCCCGUUCUCGUGAUACCUACCUCCCUCUCUUUCGCUGCCCUCCGUUGCCCCGCGUAUUCCUGCCACCUGCGCCAUCGCUCUAGCUCGCCCUGCACGCAUGCAACAUAGUCGCCCUCCCGUACCCUCCUGUUUCCCCUGCCUCCCCCGCUCCCCUCCUACCCUUCCACCCGCUCUUUCCGCCUCCGCACACCGUGCACACGUCAAGUUGCAUCCCCCUUUUGCCCUCCCUCUCCCGCUCCGCGCACCCGCACUCGCGCCCGCACUCGCGCCCGCUUAAACGUGUACUAGUGAACCCGGUAAUUUCGCGAAAACUGCCACCACCGUCGUCACUGUCGCGGCCUUGUUUCUUUCUCUUUCCCUCUUCCAUCUCUCUUGUUUUCCCAUAAUAAAUUUGCCCCUCUUCGUUGAUCUGACUGCCGAUCUUUCCCCCUUUUGCCAUUUCUCCCAUUCGCCCUUUUAACGAUACCAUGAGCUACUACGACACACCGUUACGGGUCUACCCCGAGGCGGACAGAGUGCGCACACCACGUGUCUGCACGCGAUCCUACCUUGCACGCUUUCCUCGGCGUUGGCGUCGGCGUCGGCGUCGGCGUCAGCAGCGAUGUCGACGAGCGAUUUUAAAGAAUCAUGGUCUUCGCAGAAAAUCCGCGAAAACGUGAUCUCGAUGCGACGCUCGUCCUCUUCCGCUUUUCCAAUUCUAUUAAAAGACCAUUGUCCGUCUUUAUCCCUGAUAAGACGUCGCUCUUAUCGCGAGAACGCUCGCUCUCGCAACCCUCCCCGACAAACACUCGAUCGCCCGCGCGGCACGGAAGGCAUACCCCUCUCGUACGUCUUCGUUCGCCUAACCGCUAGCUCGUACGCGGCCAUCGUCGAUGGCCCUUUACAAUUAAUCAGUCGCGCGAACCGUCCGGAUAAGAGCCACGCACACGGACGUACACAGCUGUCGCGGACACAUGGGCGUCGCGAGCUGAUCGCGUCGCUCUUAAUAAAAAAAAAAAGAAGAAAAUUAGAUGAGAGAGAUGUGAUUUAACGAAAUAAUUGGUCGCGAGGUCAUAGUGUAUUUUGCAAAGCGAAUUUUGCACGAUCUACCGUUUUUCAACCCAUUCUAGUCAAGUUUCCGUCUGUUCUACCGGUUCGGUAGACGUCAGAGCAGAAAUUCUCUUCCUCAUUUCGACGUCGCAGCUUUGAGUCGCGGCUCCGAGCACCCUUGAAAUUAAAAGUUAAAAUCAUGCAAGAACGACUUUGUACCUCCAACUUUCGCAUUUCUUUUGGGUAUUUAUAGAUGUAUCGUACGUAUUAUGUGACUUUUUGAUAUUGUACACCUUCAUUUCGCCAACAAUCAUCGAUAUCGAAUUUACAGUGAGCUAAAAAUGAGGGAUUUACUCGCGCUUUUUGGGUACCUACUUAUCAAUAUUGUAUACAUUAUAUAUACAUAAUAUAAUUUAUUUAUGUAAAACAUA